UGUUGCCCAACGGUACGUCCUGUGAUCGUGGUAACUAUUUAAGGUGUCGUAGCAACGAUAUUAGAACUCAGAAAGGAUAACCACAAUGUUGGCACGGUUUUUCUUCUUUUCUUUUUUUGUUACAUUCGUGUGGAGAUUGGUCAGAGGGCUUUUUGAAUUGAGUGUAUGUACCCCUGGAAUUGAAAAUGCGCCACAGAAGAGGUGUACAGUUCAAAUUGACUGUUCUUUACAUUUCAGCAUCAACCUAUCGUAUAUUCCAAACUAAUUUACUUGAUGAGCUUUUCGUGACUGCUCCAAACAGGUCUUCACAAAGACUAGUUAUUUGGAGUUGGACGUUGGAGAGAUGCUCCAAAAACUGUUAGGGCUGCGGAGCUAUUAUUCCCUGAGUCAGAAGCCCAACCCCUCCAUUACAACCCCCUCCCCAAAAUAAAAUCUCAGAUUUUCUUUUGGUCAUCACUUCAGCCACAGAGGGGGAAAAGGAGACUUCAUCUUGCCAUACUUUGUGGGACCAAACACUAGUCUGAAAGCCUAAUCUCUCUCUGAGGCACAGUUGCCAUUUUGAGGGAAACUUGGUCUAUUUUUAUUUUGUCGCUUCACUCCUUUUGCUGAAGCUACAGUACGCAAAAACAGAAGGUUGUGUCACUGUCCAGAAUGUGAGGAACCUAAGAAAAUCUAAUCAAGGGACUGUAAGGCUGUCCUACUCUGCCUUCACCAUCCACUGCCACCGGCACCGCAGGUUGACCGAGGAGUCCGACGCAGGGCCUCAGUUAGGUUUAUAGCCCAUCCAGCUUUUUUCCGCUUGAAGGAGCAUGUUGCCAACGUUGUCUCUCUGCUCCAUCGUCUGGUUAAACCGGGGGAUCAAGCUGAGGAAAGUGCUCCACUGCGCCAACACCGGUCAGCUCUGAGGAAGCAGCACCCAAACUACCUUGCUGUAUAGACUCGGCCAUUUUAGCUAUGCUUCUUAGGUUUGGUUGAUAGUUCCUGGGCUCUAAGUGACCACUGCUCCAAGCAAAAUCAUUGUCACCCCCUACAGCCGAUACACUUCUGGGUUGCCGUGGCAUUGGGCCGACUUUCGCAUCCUCUCUGCGUCUUUCGGCAGCUUUUCUUGGCUUCUCAAAAUGGCGGUUGAGGGUUUCCAAUACCGUGCCCUCUAUGUCUACACCAAGGAUUUGGAGGAGGACAUUGACCUGCAGCCCGGAGACAUCCUGACCGUCAGCAAAGCCUCCCUGUUCUCCCUGGAUUUCAAAGAGGGGGAUGAAGAGCAUCCGGAGCUCCUGGGCUGGCUGCUGGGCUUCAACGAGCGUACCAAGCAGAGGGGGGACUUCCCGGGGACAUAUGUCCAGUUCGUGGGCCCUGUGAGGAUGUCACCGCCGUCCAGCCAGCCUCGCUCCCAAAGACCCCUCCCAGCAGCCCCAGGGCCUGAGCCUACAGCGUCACAGAUAGCUGUCGCUCUUCCAGAUUUGACCGAGCAGUUCACCCCGCCAGAAACUGCCCCCCCUGCCCUGGUGAACCUGGUGGAGGCCAUCGAAAAGAGAGGUCUGGGCUGCAAGACCCUUUACAGGACACCAUCUGCCUCAGAUGGCUUAGCUCGGAGCUUGAGUGAAGAGGUGGAGUUGGCGCUGGGCGGUGACAUGGGCAUCCUGUCGGAGUGUGUGCUCCGCUACCUGCGGGGGCUGCCGUCCCCCGUCAUCCCCUCCGGUGUUUACCCAGACCUGCAGGCUGCUCUGAGGGCUGCAGCAGAUCGGGCUGUGACUGUGGAGGCAAGCGGAGACGGGAGUCUGAGUCUGAUCCUGGAGGGGGCCGCUGGCGUGCCACUGCAACACAACCUCACCCUGCACUACCUGCUCACUCACCUGGGCAGGGUGGCCCAGUGUUCCCAUCUCAACGGCCUGGACCCUCAUGCCCUGGGCCAGGUCUUUGGCCCGCUACUGAUCCGGCCCAGCUCUGGACCCGGGUGGGAGGAGGAGUUUCCUGCACUGGCAGUGGAAAGGCUGCUGAUUGAGAGGACCAUGGGAGAUGAAGUUCCGCCUCCAGCUCUACCGGCCAAGCCAUUGAAGGCCAAAGCCACAUCUCCAGCCAUGACUGAGACAAGCAUACUGAGUGAUUCUGAGUGGUACUGGGGGGAGAUCUCCAGGGAGGAGGUGAAUGAGAAGAUGAAAGACACCCCCGAUGGCACGUUCAUGGUCCGUGACGCGUCCAGCAAACUGGAAGGAGAGUACACACUGACCCUCAGCGGUUCUUUUCCAACCGCUCCUGAACCAUUCAUCCUUUUUCGACUGUUCCACAGAAAAGACGGAAACAAUAAGCUGAUCAAGGUCUGCCACCGGGGAGGUCGCUACGGCUUCUCUGAGCCUCUCACCUUCCCCACGGUGGUGGAGCUCAUCAACCACUACCGACAUGAGUCCCUGGCCCAGUACAAUGCCAAACUGGACACUCGGCUCCUUUACCCCGUCUCCAAAUACCAGCAGGAGCAGCUGGUGAAGGAGGACAGCAUUGAGGCGGUGGGGGAGCAGCUGAAGGUGUACCACGAGCAGUUUCAGGAGAAGAGCAAGGAGUAUGACGUGCUGUAUGAGGAGUACACUCGCACCUCCCAGGAGCUCCAGAUGAAGCGCACAGCCAUUGAGGCCUUCAAUGAGACCAUCAAGAUCUUCGAGGAGCAGUGUGAGACCCAGGAGCGCUAUAGCAGGGAAUCCAUUGAGAGGUUCAGACGCGAAGGCAACGACAAGGAGAUCCAGAAGAUCCAAAGUAACUCGGAGCGCCUGAAGUCUCGGGUUACUGAGAUCCACGACAGCAAGAGGAAGCUGGAACAAGACCUGAAGCAGCAGGCCACCGACAACCGAGAGAUCGACAAGAGGAUGAACAGCCUGAAGCCGGACCUCAUGCAGCUCAGGAAGAUCAGGGACCAGUACCUUGUCUGGUUGACACAAAAGGGGACGAGGCAGAAGAAGAUCAAUGAGUGGCUGGGCAUUAAGAAUGAGGCAGAGGACUCCUACUCACUGGUGGUGGAGGAGGACGAGGGCUCGCCCCACCAUGACGAGGCCACCUGGUACGUGGGCGACGUCAAGCGCACCGAGGCGGAGGAGCUGCUGAGGGACAAGCGCGACGGCACCUUCCUCAUCCGAGAGAGCCAGACGCAGAAGGGCUCCUACGCCUGCUCUGUGGUUGUGGACGGUGAUGCCAAGCACUGCGUCAUCUACAAGACGGACAGGGGCUAUGGCUUUGCGGAGCCCUACAACCUCUAUGGCUCCCUGAGGGACCUGGUUCUCCACUACAAGCACGAGUCCCUGGUCCAACACAAUGACCAGCUGAAUGUAACCCUGGCCUACCCGGUCCUAACCCAGACCCAAAUGCAGCAUCCCAGAUGAAUGGGGGGGGUCGCGGCACUCCGAUCCCCGACAGAGACUAGCCCUUCUGAAGCAUGGCCCAAAUGCACUCCGCGCACCACAGUACCAGCCGCAGUAAAUACCAGACUAAAGCCCUAUACCUGUGUCCGUCGUAGAUAAAACAACAUCAGUACAGUUGCGAUAACAAGCUUUCGAGACCCUGGUGAGGAUAGCGAGAAAUGUGGACGGGGACGAUGUAGCUGGAGGGUUAGAGGUACUAGACAGCACCCGCUCCCAUGUUGACCUUUCCGGACAAAGCCUCCAGCUGUCAUCUCUGAGGUCUGGUUGGCUGACCGGGCCGCUCGCCCCACUGCACCACGAGUCGGUCAGAGCUAAGAGACCUCGGUGCUGGAAUGGGGGCACUGGAGCCUGUUGAGUUGGGGGGGGGGGGGGUCGUCACACUCUUUGAUUCGUUCAAAAGCUUGCUCAAGUGCCAAUGACCAUGAGCCUGU